AAUAAGAUCGAUUUCUCAGCAGGACUCCAGCACUUUACACAUGUUUGAGAUCAGUGGACCCAUGGUGGACUCAAAGUUGUUUAUCUGUAGCAGUGCUGCUUACAGGAAGUGUUGGAUAGAGAAGAUAGAGGACAGGAGAUGCAAGUCCCUCAGACAGCAGCUCAGUCCAUCUCAGAGUACUCUCUCUUACCUGUUGCCCUGUGAUGAGAGCUGGAAGCGGGAGGAGCUGAAACGGUACUUACUUCGGUCUCCCAUAAUGCAAUGGGAGGGAUCGCCAAUUCAACACAUGGGCCAGCCUGUCUUCCUUUCACUGGUACACAUCAGCAACACACAGAAACAGGGAUCUCAGGAGCGUCUUCUUGUACUGUUUUCUCUGGACAUCCUGAUCUUAUCUGUGGACUGUCAGCGAAUCAGGGUGAAAUAUGAGGGUCGUCUACCCCGGAGAAGCAUCAGAGCUGUAGAGAGAUCUGCACAGCCAGGACGACUAGAAUUUGAACUCACAGGACAAAUGAUGGAACCUUUAUUGGUCUCAUGCACGUAUCGAGAAGAUUAUCAGUGCUGGACCUUCCAGCUACAAGAGCCUGCAAACAUGUUACAAGCCUUUCCCAGCCACACGCCGCCACCUCUCAUACCGAAGAAGCGCAGAAGCUAAAAAACUAAAGCAAAGUCAACAGUUUGAGAGAAUUGCAUUUACAUCAUGGUUGUGUUAUUUUGUUAUAUUAAGAGGAAUAUCGGUCUGUUAGUCAGAUACAGUUUCUUGUAAUAGAAAUAUUUUAGGUGCAAGCAGCAACAUGAACAGAAAUGCUUUUGAUCUAUACGAGCUCUUGUUUGCUCUAAUUUGGUGUAAUUUUGUGUAAAUGUGCUCUUGUUUGCUUUAAUAUGGUCUAAUCUGGUCUAAAUGUGCUGGAAAUCUUUACAUGGUGAACCUGGUAACUGAAAGAAUGCCAAACCUCGAAACCUGGAUACAAACAUUAAUACUGAAUCAUGUUUGUUUUUCAUAAUAGUCUAGAAGUUAUUUAUUUGAUUUUUCUUAUACAUGAAGGAUGUCUGACAUUGUACAAAAUUGUGUUUUGCAUGAUUGCAAGAUCUGAGGUCAUGUAGUUUCAUGUCAGUGCAACAUUUUAAACUGUGAAUGUAUAUGUAACAUAACUGCUUCUAAUGUAAA